AUGAAGAGCGAUUGGAAGUUAUACGAUCGUUUGAUGAGAAUUGAAUCUGGGCUUGGAUGGGAUCCUGUGAAAAAGACGAUAAACUCAAUGAGUGAGUGGUGGGAUGAAAAAAUACAGGCGGACCCAGAACUUGCAAAAUUCAAGAACAAAAAUUUGGAGAUGUAUCAAGAGUUUUACGAGCCAUUGUUUCGAGACUGUGUUGCCACUGGGGAUAAGACUAAACCCCCCCAUCAAUUGCAAAAUGAAAUUAGUCAAAGUGAUGUUCAAGAUGAUAUUGGUGUUAUGGAUGUAGAAGGGAAGGCAGAUAGCGAUGAAGGGAAUUUAGGUGAUGAUGCGGAAAAAUUAUUUCCAAAAAGCAAUUUCAUCAAGAGGAGGAAAAUACAAGACAAUGCUCAUGGUCGUUCAAGCAGGGGAAAAAGUACAAUAGCUUCCUCACUUGAAGUUAAACUUGACAUGGUUAUUGAAGCACUAUCCUCACAAAGCACACCAAACAUUUCUAUGUGUGCCUUGAUGGAGAUACCAAACCAUGGUAAAUAUGUGAAUUCUGAUAGUGAAGAUGAGAACAAUGACUCGAAUGAGGAAGAUUGGUUAGAUGAUGAGAAACGAUUGUAG